UUCUGAAAAACGUGUAAUGGCUGCAGCAGCAGUAUGUACACAUGGAUAACACACUGAUAUCGUUAGCUUCGUCUAGAGGAUUUCAAAAGUUUUAAAGUAUAUAACAUCCAUCUGUCGUUUGAAAGCACUUUCUCGUGUUCAACGCGGAUUCGCUGAAGAUGUGAUCUUUCUGCAGCAUGGCUGUGUUUGGAGGAGUGUUGAGGAGCUUCUGUCAGUCCUCGGCUCGACUCUUCAGCACAGGCACUUGUGCUAGAAUACGAAUGCACGCGAUCCCCAAACUGAGAGAGGUGGACCGAUGGACGGAGAAGAGGUGCAUGUUCGGAGUCUACGACAACAUCGGGAUCUUGGGAGAUUUCAAAGCUCAUCCAAAAGACUUGAUCAGAGGACCGGUGUGGCUCAGAGGCUUCAGCGGAAACGAGCUCCAGCGGCUCAUCAGGCAGAAGCGGAUGGUGGGAGACCGAAUGAUGACCGAGGACAAGCACAUCCUGGAUAAGAGGAUCAGCUUCCUGUACCGCCGCUUCAACAGAUACGGCAAACACAGAUAGACUCGGCCACAGCCGCCUCCUUCAUUUGUCCUGACGUGGAAUUCAGUUUGUGUCGAAAGCUGCAGUUCCAAUCAUUAAAACAGUAUAAAUUC